AAGAGGCUAGUGAAAUCGACAGACAACAUGGCGGCCGAGAAAGGAAAGCUUCUGAGGAUUUUGGUGAUACAUGGCUACAGGCAAAGCUCUUCCUUAUCUUAUGAAAAAACUGGUGCAUUUAGAAAAGGCUUGAAGAAACUGAUUGAGUUAGUGUAUAUAACAGCCCCGCACAAAGUGCCUGACCAACUGCAGAAAGAGGAUGAAAAUUCUGAAAAGCGUGAAGAAUAUGGUUGGUGGUUUUCGUCAGAAGAUCCAUUGUCUUUUAGCUCACUGCAGACGAGUGAUGUUGACUGUGGACACGAUGAAUCAAUCAAACUAAUAGAAGAUACGUUCAAAGAGAAGGGACCAUUUGAUGGAAUAUUAGGAUUCAGUCAAGGUGCGACUGUCGUCUCUCAUAUUUGUGCAUUGAGUGAAGAACCAGAUUCGCCUUUCAAGUUUCGGUUUGCAAUUCUGUGCGCUGGAUUCAAAUCGAAAUCAAGCAAGCAUGAGAGAUUUUAUCAAAAACAAAUAAAUUGCCCAUCAUUGCACAUAUUUGGGGACACUGACAAAGUUAUAGCCAAAGAAAGAAGUGAAGAACUUAGUCAUCUAUACAAUAAUCGAACUGUACUUUCUCACGCAGGAGGUCACUUCCUACCAGCGACCUCCAAGGAAAAGAAGAUUUACCAAGACUUUCUUCAAGGUUUUGUAGCGAGCGUAUAAACCUUUAAGUCAAUUUUUAAACCUUUUAGCAAAUUAAAUUUAAAAUCAAACUUAUAUGAAUUGAAAGAGAAAGAGAAACAGCAUGACAAACAUUUGGUUUGAAAUAAUUUUAUAGCAUACUUUGAAAUUCUUUUUUGUGGUUCGUUUGGUGUCUUUUUGUACAUUUAAUGUGCAAUUUUUAAACAAGAACGUUUAACUCUGACAUUCGUUGUUGUGGAAAUUUAGCAUGAAUGGAA